GGAACAGUCCGCAUAAUGGGAAUUACAGGCCGGCCUGGCCCCGCCCCCAAGCCUGGCCCCGCCCCCCGGUGGGCGUGCCCGGAAGGGGGCGGGGCAGCGGCGCGGUGGCCGCGGGCCGGGCCGGGCUCCGCCAUCGCCGCCAUGGCCGCGGGCGCCUCGGCCGCCGAGUGCCUGCGGGAGUGGGAGGAGCUGCAGGACGGCUUCCAGCGCAUCCAGGAUAACCACAAGCUGUACAAGCAAAAACUCGAGGAGCUAACCAAGCUCCAGGAUGGGAUCUCCAGCUCCAUCGCACGGCAGAAGAAGCGGCUGAAGGAGCUCUCGGUCUCCCUCAAAAAAUGCAAAGCCCACGCGAGUCCCGAGCAGGUAUCUUCCAUCCAAGAGGCCGAGAACCUGAUUAAAGAGAGGCAGAAUGUUUUCUUUGAGAUGGAGGCCUAUCUGCCAAAGAAGAACGGGUUGUACCUGAGUCUGGUGCUCGGGAACGUGAACGUCACACUGCUCAGCAAACAGGCCAAGUUUGCUUAUAAAGAUGAAUAUGAGAAGUUCAAGCUCUACCUCACCAUCAUCCUACUCAUUGUCUCCUCCUCCUGUCGGUUCCUCUUCAACUCCCGGGUGACAGAUGCUGUCUUUAACUUCCUUCUGGUAUGGUACUACUGCACCCUCACCAUCCGAGAGAGCAUCCUGAUCAACAACGGAUCCAAAAUCAAAGGCUGGUGGGUUUUUCAUCACUACAUCUCCACCUUCCUCUCAGGUGUCAUGCUGACAUGGCCAGAUGGGCUCAUGUACCAGAUGUUCAGGAACCAGUUUCUCUCCUUCUCCAUGUACCAGAGCUUUGUGCAGUUCCUGCAGUAUUACUACCAGAGUGGGUGCCUGUACCGCCUGCGAGCGCUGGGUGAGAGGCACAACAUGGAUCUGACCGUGGAGGGUUUCCAGUCCUGGAUGUGGAGAGGCCUCACGUUCCUGCUUCCCUUCCUCUUCUUUGGGCACUUCUGGCAGCUCUACAACGCCAUCACCCUCUUCCGCAUGCUCCAGCACCCAGAAUGCAAGGAGUGGCAGGUCCUCAUGUGCGGCCUCCCCUUCUUCAUCCUCUUCCUGGGGAACUUCUUCACCACCCUCCGCGUUGUCCACCAGAAGUUUCAGAACAAGAACAAAGACACAAAGGAGAAUUGAAGGGGGGCUGUGUGGGGGCCAGGACUGUUUCUCCCCACUGCCUCCAUCCCCCAUCCACAUCUCCUCGAUUCCGUCCGGACUCUGGUGUCUCAUCCCAUUCCUUGGAAGCCUGGGUGUGGGACAGAGCUUGGGCCCUGCUCCUGGACAGUCCGGGUGUUCACUGCGGUGCUGGAUCCAUGCCCAAGCCACUCACCUGGAGUCAGGAGCACCCUGUGACAGCCACUCCCAUUUGCUGGGAUGUUCUCUGGAUGCUGGUGCUCCCCAUCCCACUGGGACAAGGCUGGCAGCUGCCUCACACAGCUCCUGGUGUGGUCGAGGCUCCACCUUUCCCCCCCAGCCCUGCAGCCCCUGUGUGUUGAAGGCAGAGGCCCUGGGGCAUCCUCAUCACUGCAAGGGGGCAGCUGGGGGCUGUGCACAAGUCCUGGGUUCCAGGGUGUGCCUAUUCCAGUUCCUCCCUCACCUUCAAUCCACAGGGAAGAGGGGGCUGAGGCUCGGGAGGGGUGGGGAGCACCGGGAGCCUGGGCCAGGCUUCACACUGGAGCUGCACAAACAGCACCCUGGGCUGGCAUCUCUGGAGGGUGCAGAUGUAAAAAUAAAGGGAAGGUGCUGCCCCGGGUCACCAGGGUGGUCUGGGAACAGUU